UUUGGUAAAUUUAUUACUAUGUUUUUUUGUUUUUUUAAUAAGAUAAAUAAUCUAGAAUUCAUUUAUAAUUUUUUUCUAGCACAGGUGCUCUUCCACCGUUCCUUUGUAAAGUUGAUAGACUUCCCCUACAUGGGUGUUAUAUUCGAAAAUGUCAUUUAAGAGAAAGACCGCCGUACAAACGGCUCCUGUAGAAUUGCCAAAAGGCGUUCGUUUGUCUCCUAAGGACGGACGGUGGAUAACUAGCUCUGGUAGUACUUCUUUUGACUAUUAUCUAUUAGGAGGAAUUCCUUUAAGGAGUCUGCUGGUUGUGGAAGAAGAUUCAACUGAUUAUUCUUCAGUUUUAUUGAAAUUUUUUGCUGCAGAAGGGCUUUUACAAGAUCAUGCCGUUUGGCUGGGGCCUUCGAUGGGCGAACCAUGGUUUCGACAACUUCCUGCUGAAAAUGAGCGUGCCGCGAAAAGUGAAAGCUUUUCAUCCGGCUCAUCUUCUUCUUCUAAUAAAGGAGAACAAAACCGAAUGAAAAUUGCAUGGCGUUAUGAGAAUACCUCGAAAACGAAAGUUCCUGCCCCCGACGCAAUCCCUCCAGGCUUCACGCAUGCUUUCGACCUCACAAAGAGGUUAACAAUAAGCUCUAAAAUGAUGAAGUCUGUUUCACCUUCUCCCCUUGAAACAGGCUCAAAUCCUUUCAUCCCUGUCUUGGAAAGUCUUACCAAGUUCCUAGCCUCGCUGAAGCCAGGAACCGUUUGUCGACUCGUUUUACCAUCUUUGCUUUCCCCUGCAUUUUAUUCUAUUCGUGCUACAAAUCCACAGCAUUUUAUUCGCUUUAUCCACUCGCUUUCGUCUCUCAUCAAAUGUACUACGUCUGUGCAUCUCAUUUGUAUGUGCUCUGUCCCGUCAACUUUGUUUUCUAGAGAUUGUGAACAAGUCUAUUGGCUAGAGUCUCUUGCCUCUGGUGUCUUCUCUUUGCAUCCCUUCCCUAUAACUGAGACUGUGAAUGGGUUGGCUACUCAACCUCAAGGACUGUUUCGAAUUCAUAAGCUUCCUCUUCCGUUGCCUUUUACAAAUACAGACAAUUCCAGCGAGGCUGGUGAUUUGUCAUUUACGGUGUCCAAGAGACGAUUUACUAUUGAACCAUGGGUUCUUCCUCCACUAGACGAAGAACAGCCUCAAGCCAAACCAAGCAGUAAUGAAAAGUCUCAGCCAUCUCUAAAAUCCAUUGACUUUUGAUUUUUGUCGCAUAAAUCACACCCCCUCGGGCUUUGGCUACUUGAAGUUGGGUUGGCAUCAAUGACUUUCUGUUUUUUGUUAUAUGUUUAUACGUUAAGGAAUGAGGAAAGGUUUUUGGUUUCUAUUUUUUGUACGAGUAUGAUUUUGAUUUUGGUAUUGUGAAAAUAAAAUAAUAGAUUUCGAGAUCUUGCUAAAGCAGUUAACCAAUUUCUUCAUAAACUAUUCCCUUAGCACGUCUUCACGAACUGGUACAGCCUACUGCAGUUACUGUUGUGUUGUUCUCGAAGGACUAACCCAUGUAUUACAAGACAUCACUAUCAGCUAGAGUAAGCAUGCUAAAGCGGUUUAUUUCAUUAUUGUUUAUUUUUUUUCAGAAGAAUUGAUUCUUUGGUCAUUUUUGUUUAUGCCAAAUUGGGUAUAAUAUUACUGAACUGUUACCCAAAUGAUGUAGAAGUUCAUAAUACUAAAGAAUAUAAUACAACCCGUUACUUCACUGAUGGCAG